AUGGAAGAGAGCAGAAUAGCUCGGAUUUCAGUCACCUGGAGGGGCAGACAGCUUGAUGUGGAUGCGGAUCCAAACUGUACCGUGAAGGAGUUUGGGCAACUGCUGCAGGAGUUGGCUAGUGUUAAGCCAGAGACGUUGAAGCUCAUUGUUCCGCAAUCGACAAACAAAGGCUCCAAGCUGAUUACACCAUUUUCUGAUCCACAUUCAAGGUUGACACUGAAUGAAGCGGAUAUUAGCAAGGGAAAACCUAUCCGGAUGAUGGGGGUUUAUGAUGAUGAAAUCGAGGAGGUAUCUGACAAUGGCAAAAGACCUGACCAACGUAUAAUUGGAUUUGAUGAAGAAGAACAGCGGCUUAGGCAAAGAUCAUCAGGCAGGCCACAGAUUUCGCUCAAACUUCCUCAGGGACAAUACAUCUUCUGUGAUUUUCGGACACUUCACUUACCUGGGAUUGAGCUGAAUCCUCCACCUUCGGAAGCUCUUAAACGAAUGCACAUGCUUGCAUGCGACCCUGGUAUAAUUGCGAUCAUGAAAAAGCAUAAAUGGAGAGUCGGAAUCAUGACUGAGAUGGCUCCUGUUGGAUAUGUAGGCGUUAGUCCGAAAUGUAUUUUAGGUUUCAAUAAGAACAUGGGAGAGGAGAUAUCUCUUCGCCUACGAACUGAUGACUUGAAGGGAUUCAGGAAGUACGAAAGUAUCAAGAAAACUCUACUUCAUGAGCUUGCACAUAUGGUGCACUCUGAGCAUGAUGCAAACUUUUUUGCUCUUAAUAAGCAGUUGAAUGAGGAAGCUGCUUCCAUGGACUGGACCAAGUCUAGAGGUCAUAUGUUGAGUGGUCGCAAAAUCUUCGAUUCAUAUGAAGACGAAUUUGUUCUAGAACCAGAGAUAACUGUUGCUGGUCACAGGCUUGGGGGAGAAUCAAGUUCGCUGGCUAGUGCUCGUGCGUUGUCAGGGGCUGCUGCUUACCAGCGUUUUUUGGAUGCAUCUGCUAAGGCGGAUCAUGAUGCUUCAGGCACUAAAAUUGAAUAUAAUCCUGAUGAUGUUCCUGAAGAUUUUGUUCAUGAAACUUUGAAGGUAGAGCCAGAUCCAGAUGAUGCUAUGCAUGUGGAUUCAGCAGCUGGGAUAUCAUUGGCAGGACAGCCUACUAUCAGUUACUCUGAGCCUGAUCCUGAUGAUGUUGAGAAGCAUGAGAAGCAAAGUUCUGAUAGAUGCCUACAACCUGAUCCUGUUGAUUCCUCAAAUGCUAAUAAUCUGAACCUGGAGCUGAGGUUUGAUGGAAGACACCAUAGCGAACCUGAUCCUGAUGAUGGUACUAAUGAAGUUGUUCCGGAAUCUGGAAACAAGAUGGAAGUGGAUAGUGAACUGGCAAACAGCAUCGCAGUUUUAAAGUAUGAAUCUGACCCUGCUGAUUCCUCAAAUGCUAUUGUCAACCAGGAGUUGGUCAUCGAUGGGAAGCAUGGUGAAGAACCUGAUCCUGAUGAUACUGCUUGUCAAGAUGUUUUAAAAUCUGGAAAUGGGACAGAAAGGAUAACAGAACAAAGCGUAAACUCCACAGUUUUGUCUGAACCUGAUCCUGACGAUCAUGUUGUUGAUUCAAACAGCAAUGAGCUGCAAAGGAUUGAAGAAUCAGUGGCAGCCCUCUGUUCACGACUCCAGAAGUCAAUUGAGACGCUCCGGUUGCAAGCAACACCUGCAGAGGCAGAGUCUGCUAUUCAAACACUUUUUAAGAUCAUCAAGAAUGUUAUAGAACACCCAAAUGAUAUUAAGUAUAAGAGAUUGCGUAAGUCCAAUCCACAUUUCCAAAGGAGUGUAGCAAACUAUAAAGCUGCAAUGGAGGUUCUUGAAUUGAUUGGCUUCUGCGAGGAUGUGAUCUCAGACGAGGUUGGGCGUGCAGAGACUUACCUGGAGGAAGCUGGCGGUGUUAAGGACUCGGCAAGGGACGCUUACUUGUCACCGUUCAAAUUGCAUUCCAAGCCGUCGUAUCCGAUUCCUCCUCCUCCGACGGCGGCUAAGCCUGCUGCUCAGCCAGCGACAGCCUCUGCUGUGUCAACGACAGCCUCUGCUGUGUCUGAGUCAGACUCGAAGCUGGUAGCCCUCAAGGCCUAUUGCCGAGCCAUGGGUUUAUGCUACAAAGGUGCCGCCAAGUGGACCAAGGAUCACAAGUGUGCCCCUGAGAUUUUACAUGCCGUACAAGAUCUCUGGGAAUCUCUGUCCAUUGCUGCGGACAUGAGCUCUGGUGAGGACUCUGUUACACCGUCUGAAACCCUGUUGAUGGCAGUUUCUGAUUCUGCAGUCUCUGGUGCUCCUGCUAUACGUACAAUUCAGUUCAUUGGGUCAGUAGAUGGGCUUCCUGUUACAAUCUUGCUUGAUUCGGGCAGUACAUCAUCUUUUGUUAGUGACUCUUUGGUUCAGCAGUUGACCUCUCAGACUAUUCUACCCCAUAAGUCAUCUGUUAGUGUUGCUGGUGGUGCUCUACUUUUUAGCAAGGGCAUUUUGCAUAAUGUUACUUGGAGCAUUGACAGUCAUGCAUUUACAUCUGAUUUCAAAAUAUUGCCAUUAGCACACUUUGAUAUUAUCCUUGGUAUGAAUUGGCUUGAGCAAUUCAGUCCUAUGCAAGUUCAUUGGCGCCAUAAAUGGGUCAAACUUAAUUACCAAGGCCAGCCUAUCACCCUCUGUGGCUUGACAUCUUUGUCUUCUGAAAAACUGUUGUUACAAGUCUGCUGUGCUGUUACUGAUGAGGCUGAUGAACCUCAGUUGGAUCUGUCUUCCUUACCUACUGAGAUACCGUCAUUGAUCCAGUCAUUUCAGCAUUUUUUUAGCCUCCAGUUGGCUUGCCUCCCAAGAGAGCUUGUGAUCAUGUUAUUCCUCUGCUACCUGAAGCUAAUACUGUGGCUAUAA